CUCCAAUCCGACCCGAUUGUUGAAUUCGUUCAAUUUGGCGCACUGGGGCGGCCCUGGACUUUCGACCUCUCUCACAAAAGAAGAAAAAAGAUUGCCAUCUCCAUCCCCGGUCCGCAGUUUUCCCUCCCAAUCCCCAAACCGGGUCGUCGGUGCAGCGCUAUGAUUUUGCUGUCUCUGCGCGCCGCCAUGCUCUCGGGUUAGCCAUGUGGGCACAGACUCACCAGGCCGUGUCAGACCGUCCCGGGGCAGCGCUGCCGCAGCUCUCUGAGCCUGUGCUGCCGGCCAGUACCCCGCCGGGAGCUGUUGGCGCUGAUGCAGCCGCUGCGACGGGGAGAACAGGCGAACCAGACUUGGCUCCGCCAUCCGGACAGCUUUCCUCCAUCGCUGGCUCCGAAAGCACUUUCUUGCUCGUCGACGACCCUCCCGUCGCCGGCACCAGGGAUUCCUUCGCUUCGAUCGUCGACGACCCUUUUUUCCUUCGCUACCACAAUCCCGAUCCCGACCCCGUCCCCGACCCAAUCGCUGCCGCCGUCCCCGAGCCGCAUCCUGCUCACCCUCAUUCCCAUCCACAUUCGCAGCCGCAGCCACAAUCCCAUUCCCGUCCCGCGCCCCCCCAACCCGGCGCGUCGACCGCCCCGACGACGAGUGCUGGCCACCGUAACGAGGAGCGACAACCGUGGAUCCCGCCACGGAAAGAGUCUCUGAGCCAUACCAAUCCGACCCCCUGGUUUGAGCAUGCCCGCAACGACAUGGAGCCCAUCAACAUCGCCGUCAUUGGCGCCGUAGGCGUCGGCAAAUCCACCUUCAUACAACACCUGCGCCGGGCCCCCAGGCCGUCGAGCUCGAACAUCACGACCCUCCGCCACGAGCUCGACGGCGUGAACCACCUCGUCACCAUCGUCGAGCUCGAUCUCGAGGGCAUCGAGCUGGACCCGAACCAGCCCGUGCACUGGCCGAAGCAGAUCGGAGGUCACUCGGUGCCCCGCAUGGACGGCGCAAUGAUCCUGUACGACGCCGUGAAUGAAGCGAGUAUGCGGGAGGUGCCCCCGAUUAUGGCUGCCCUCGCGAAUUCCUCCCUGCCCACCGUCCUCGUCGCCACCAAGUGUGACGCGCCCGACGACCUACGACACCCAGAUCUCGCCGGGCUCGCAUCGGCAUUUGCUACUUGCGCAGGCCACUUCAGGACCGCGUCCAACGCGCCAGCCAGCGCCCGCGAGUGCCUCCAGGCCAUGCUGAGAGCUGCACUCGCCAACCGAAGAGACAAGUCGGAGGGCUCGGGUCCCAGGAGGCGUGCUGCUUCGACGGCGAACCUUGACGCGCUCACGGACUUCCAUAACGGACGCCCAAUCAGUCAGCACAGUAAACACAGCAGGGCCAGCUCCGACUUCUCGCUCCUGCGCGGCUUCCCGCAGCCUCCCCACGAGAGUCAGCACAGAGGACCGGCCUCGAGGUCGCCGAGACCGGAUUACCAGAGCGCCGCUUCCGGCAGCAACCUGAGCUCCGGCAGCGCCGCCGCCAUCACCGAGGACGGCAAGCAGCAGACGUUGUCGAGCAUGCUGCGGACCCCAGGCAUCCGGCUAGACGGGGGGGGCGAGAGCUUCCUCGACGUUGACGAAUCCGACGGCGACCAGUUCUCCGAGGGCGCCUCGACCCGGCGGCGGAGCGAUGACGGCAGUGACAGGCAGGCCAAGGUGGCGGGCGUCACCUUUGACGAGCUCGUCGACAGGCUUCUCGCCCCCAAGAUGUCGAAAGCCGAUCACAGUUUUGCCGAUAUCUUCCUAUGCCUGUACCGCAAGUUCGCUGCUCCGUCCGCACUGCUCACGGCAAUCCGCGCACGGCUGGACCAGUUGCGGAACGACCGGACGAUGGAGUACCUGAUCAAGGUAGAGGCGCAGAUGCGCACGAUCGAAGUGGUGGCCAAGUGGCUCUCCCUGUACCCCGGAGACUUUGCCAGGUCGGCGACGAGGAACAGUCUGGAGGAGCUGAUCCAGCAGCUCGCGAGGGAGCCAGUCUUCCUCGCGGCCGCGCAGCAGAUGCGGAUGCACCUCGACCAGAAGGUCACGGUGGACGACGAUACCGGGUGGGCGAACUCGGAUCCGCCGGACGAGAACGAGAGCAAGGAGCCCGCUUCCGCCGCCGGACAGAGGGUGCGAGGCAUGACCGAGUCGAUGAGCUCCUUGCAGCUGGACGAGCCGGGCGCAGCAGCAGCAGCAGUAGCACCAAGCCAGCGGCGCGCGUCGCAGAGCUCCGACCUGUCCGGCAUCGAGGGCCGCGGCCCCCCUCGCGGACCGGCCCGGCUCCAGUUCCAUUCGGUCGAAGACUACGAGGCCGAAGCGGCCACCCUCGUGCCCGCGCCCGUCCUCCCCCUCAACAAGUUCAGGUACCAUCAGUUCAUGGAGCUUGACGUCGAGGAGGUCGCGGACGAGAUGACGCGGAUAGACUGGGUCAUGUUCAGCUCGAUCCGCAUCCGCGACAUGGUGCGCCACGUCAGCCUCUCGCACGAGCAGAAGGAGAAGUGCCGGCAGCUCAGGAACAUGAACCGCAUGGUCGCCCACUUCAACCACGUCGCCCAGUGGGUCGCCAACAUGAUCCUGAUCCGGGACAAGGCCAAGCACCGCGCCCCCUGCCUCGAGAAAUUCAUGCAGGUCGCCCAGAAGCUGCGCCAGAUGAACAACUACAACGGCCUGGCCGCCGUGCUGGCGGGCAUCAACGGCACCUCCAUCCACCGCCUCGCCCAGACCCGCGCGCUGGUCUCGCCGGAGGUGCAGAAGCGGUUCGCCGGCUUGGUGCUGCUGAUGGGCACCCAAAAGAGCCACUUCGCCUACCGGCUCGCCUGGGAGAACUCGCCCCUGCCGCGCAUCCCCUUCAUGCCCCUGCACAGGCGCGACCUGGUCUCGGCCGAGGAGGGGAGCAAGACCUUUGUGGGGCCCGGCGGCGACCGCAUCAACUGGAAGAAGUUCGAGGUGCUCGGCGAGGUCCUGCUGCCCAUCAUGAAGAGCCAGGGCCAGCCGUACCCGAACCUGCAGCGCCACGAGGCCUGCAGGGAGCUGAUCCUAGAUUGCCGGAUAUCCACCGAUGAAGAGGAUCUUUACCAACGCAGUGUUCAGGUUGAGCCCACGACCGGCGGGGGGGCGGCGGAGUCGGCCAAGAAAAAGUUUGCCUGGUUGGCGAAUCGGUAAUAUCUAGGUAAACGACACGACGGUGAAUCCGCGGUACGGUAGUUGGAGGUAAAAGAUUGGCCUGUUGUACCCUGGCUCGGAAUUUUGAGAGCAAG